UUGUUAUUGCACUUAUACCUUAGUCAGUGUGCUAAAGUGUGUGUUUGUCAAUUAUUUCUCUGCAUGGUUCAAUCAGGUUCAAGUGACGUUAACUUUAGUGCCUCUGCAGCAAUUUCUCAAUCAUUUGAUGUUAAUACAAUGCAAGUUUCUCCGGGAUCCACUAUGUACUGGACACCUGUUUGUGACCCUGCUUUUAAACCGCAUGUUGGUAUGUUGUUCAAUAACUUAAAUGAUGGUAUGCGUUUUUAUGAUCAAUAUGCAUCAAUUUGUGGUUUUGAAUCACGUAAAAGCAGUCAACAUAGGGCUCGUGAUGGUGUUAUUGUGUGGAAACAUAUGGUGUGUAAUAGACAGGGUUUCAAAAAUGUAACUAAAGCUAAGACGGUUGCAUCUAAGAGUGAUUCUUGCAAGAAUGCGGAUUUAGAUAAUCAGUUGAGCACUGAAAAUGAAGACUUCACUGCUGCAAAUGAAUUAUGUGAAUCUGAUGGAUCUGCAAAUGAAGACCAACCUGACGUUGAAGAUUUACCAACUCCGGGUGUAUGUGUUGAUGAUGAAGACAAAAAAAGACGCACAGUUUCUAAUAGGUGUGAUUGCAAAGCACGUGUGGUGUUUAGGCUUGCAUGCAUGAAUGGAUACAAAAUUACAUUCUUCGAGGAGAGGCAUAAUCAUUCCAUGUCUUCCGCUUCUUCGAUGCCAUUCUUAAAAGUUAAUAGGAAACUUGACAUUGGUCAUCAAUUUUUUUUUUGAAUUGUGCUAAAGCAAACAUUGGUACAAUGAAAUGCUACCGAUUGUAUAAGGAAACUGUUGGGGGUUAUGCCAAUAUUGGUGCUACGUCCGUGGAUUUUAAGAAUUUUAAACGUGACUUGAAGGCUUAUCUAGUUGGCGUGGAUGCCCAAAUGUUGAUAGAUAAGCUAUUUAGAAAGAAAGAGAUAUGUUCAGCCUUUUCAUUUGAGUAUGAUGUUGAUGAGAGUGACCAGUUGACACGCAUUUUUUGGGCGGAUCCAGUGUGCAUAAAGAACUAUGCUUUAUUCGGGGAUGUUGUUUCUUUUGAUGCUACAUAUGAGACAAACAGGUAUAACAUGGUUUUUGCCCCUUUCACUGGCGUUGAUAAUCAUAAAAAGUGCAUUACUUUUGGCGUGGG